AUGACGGAGGAACAUGCGAUCGAACCAGUAAUCGAGUUCUCCCUUUGCAGAGAAAGAGGGAUGGUAAUGCCUGGCCAGGGUGGAAGAUCCUUUGACAUUAUCCGACAGAUUGUCGGAAAUGUGGUCAAUAUCUUCAAUAAGCGGGCCUCGCCCUGCACAGCACCAUGCGACGGCAUGGUACUUAAGAUGCACUACCAAUGGACCUUCUGGGUCUUGCUUGGCGGCUUCUCAGCCAUUUGGUAUUCCUGGUACCACAGGGACGUCAUUACCUGUGCGUCUCACUUCAAUGCUGAGACGCAGGUGAGGUUGGAUUACAUCAAUAUUUGCCUUUCGUACCCGUUCGUGCAGGGCGCGGGCGAGGACCUGGACGAAGGGGAGGGCGGACAGCGCCGCUACCUCCUCUUCUACCGCUGGAUCCACUGGGCUCUGCUCCUGCUGGCUGGUAUCUACUACAUUCCCCGUAAGAUCUCCAAGACGUCAGAGAAUACCAAAGUCAAGAAGCUGAUCGAGGAUCUGGCUGUCAAUGCCCACCGCUAUGACGGCUUGGAGAGGGAGCUCGUGGACCGCACUGCCCGGUACAUUGCAUUUAACCUUAAGACCCACAAUGGGCUAUAUUACAAAUACCUGACCUGCAACUUGGUCGCGCUUCUCGUCGACAUCUUCUGCUUCCAAUUCCUGGACUUCGUGUUCCAAGGUCGGUUCUUGCGCUACGGCUUCCAGGCCUACCCGUUCAACCGCGACCCCCAGCAGUUCACUGACUACAUGUCCGAGAUGUUCCCUCCCUUUGCCAACUGCGAGCUGCACAACGAGGUCCAGCUGACCAACAAGCGAAUCGAACGCCUGGGUUGCCAUCUCACCGUCAUGGAGCUCUACGAGAAGGUGUUCCUGGCGCUAUGGCUCUGGCUCAUCGUCCUGACGGCCAUCACUGUGGGCUACAUCAUCUUCCUGUCCCUCAUGUGGGUCCCAUGGGCGCGCCUAUUCAUGCUGCGUAUCGCUAAGCCCCUCAGCGCCAAGGACACCAUCCGCAACACCAUCUGCAACAUCGUGAGCAGCUGCAAGAUCGGUGACGUGUACCUGCUGUACCGCCUGAAGCAGCAUUUUAGCCACGCUCGCUACUACGAGCUGUUGACCCGCCUCUCUGACCCCGACUUCCUGCGCACAAUGCUUGACUCGGUGUCCAUCGACCACCACGGCAAGGGCGGCGGCGGCGGCGGCCCAGACCUCCGGCAGCGCACGAACAAGAACCAGAAACCCGCAGGCAAGUUCCACGAUGCCCUCUUUCGCACUCCCGGGGAAGGGGGCUAUCUUCCCAACUCCAGUAUCUUAGUUGAAUAA